AUGUAUUUGUAUUUCAUUAUUUACCUUAUAGAUAUAGCAAUGUAUCAUAUUUAUAAUUAGUAUAGAAUAGUGGAUCCACAAAUUUCAUUGGAAUAGAAUUCACACUUAUCUACAUAAUAAUUCAUUGGGCCUACAUUCAAGCUCAAAUUCAAUCCCCUGGUUAUCCUUUCCCUCAUUUGGUAUUAAAAUCGACCUAAACUUAGGCCAAAAAUUAUCAGGAGCAUACAUUAGAAGAAAUCAAGAACAGAACUAAAAAACAUUCAAAAAUCAUUCAAGAAAAAUAAACAAAAUUUGAUGAAGAAACAUGAAUUAGCAAUUGAUGGAGAAGAUGAAAUAUUGUAAUCCAAUUUAACAUCAUAUCAUUUAGUGACAUCAUUUAAGCUAUGUAACUUGAUUCCUAUUGUUUCAAAUGAAAAAUAUUAAAUAACCUAGAACUGA